CCUACUGAGCGCGCGACUGCGCAACUUCCAAGUGUGACGGGACCAUGAGAAAGACAGGACACAUGUUAAAACUGUAUCAAUGGGUUGCCGAUGAAAAAUGUUUCUAUUUAAGUGGAAUUUUUUCUACGGCCAGCGCUAAGCAACGUUUUCCAAACAAUCCAGAGUUGCAAGAAUUACUUUGGCUACCAUUUACCAAAGAAACCAUACUAGUUUAGUGGCGUUAGUUUACCACCCAUCUCCCUUGUGGGUCUAGUUGGGUUGACGAAAAGUGCCAACGCCUUUCAGUCUCUCGGUUACUGGCUGAGGAAGUUCACGCAUCAAUAAAAGCGUUAUUAUUUCGCUAACCUGUGUGCACAGAUUUUUGACACAGGCAUUUUUGACAUAGGCACAGGCACAUUGUUGAAAUGGGUUGCACAAUUAGCGCUGAGGAUAAAGCAGCUGUGGAGAGGAGUAAAAUGAUUGAUCGGAACCUACGAGAAGAUGGAGAGUUAGCAUCCAGAGAAGUUAAACUACUGUUACUUGGUGCAGGAGAAUCCGGGAAAAGCACAAUCGUGAAACAGAUGAAAAUCAUUCAUGAAGAUGGCUACUCAGAAGAAGAGUGUAAGCAGUAUAAAGUGGUGGUCUACAGUAACACAAUUCAGUCCAUCAUAGCCAUCAUCAGAGCCAUGGGGCGCCUAAAGAUCGACUUUGGAGAUUCCAUACGAACGGACGAUGCCCGUCAGCUAUUUGCCCUCGCUAGCUCGACAGAGGAAGGGGUGAUGUCUGUAGAGCUGACCGGCCUGAUCCAGAGACUGUGGAUGGACGGUGGGGUCCAGGCCUGCUUCAUCCGAUCCAGGGAGUACCAACUCAACGACUCUGCCUCAUACUAUCUGAAUGACCUGGAUAGGAUCUCCCAGCAGAGCUAUGUGCCCACCCAGCAGGAUGUCUUGCGGACCCGCGUUAAGACCACCGGCAUUGUAGAGACCCACUUCACCUUCAAAGACCUGUACUUCAAGAUGUUCGACGUGGGUGGCCAGCGUUCAGAGAGGAAAAAGUGGAUCCACUGUUUUGAGGGCGUCACUGCAAUCAUCUUCUGUGUGGCCCUCAGUGACUACGACCUUGUCUUAGCUGAAGACGAGGAGAUGAACCGUAUGCACGAGAGCAUGAAGCUCUUUGACUCCAUUUGCAACAACAAGUGGUUUACAGACACGUCUAUCAUCCUAUUCCUCAACAAGAAGGACCUGUUUGAGGAGAAGAUCUGCCGGAGUUCCCUCAACAUCUGCUACCCAGAGUACUCAGGUGCAAGCACCUAUGAGGAAGCAGCAGCCUACAUCCAAUGCCGGUUUGAGGACCUGAACAGACAGAAGGACUCCAAGGAGGUCUACACCCACUUCACCUGCGCCACGGACACCAAGAAUGUGCAGUUUGUCUUUGACGCCGUCACUGACGUCAUCAUUAAGAUCAAUCUGAAGGAGUGUGGCCUCUGCUGAGGUGCAAGGACCAGCAGGUUUGGUGUGGAGACCUGGGAGUCCAGGCUGAGAAAUGACCCUGGGCAGUCUGCAGUAAAUGAUCUGGAAAGUAAGGAUCAGAGUGUUGGCAUUGCCAUGCUGCACGCGGGACCGGAAUACUGACAAUUGCCUCUUUUAUUUUGCCUUUUUUUUCUCACAAUUUUUCCUGACAGUGGUUCAUAGUCUUGGCUCACACUAAGCGGGGCAAAUCUGUUGGAGAAACUAGUAAAGCAGUCACUGUGGGUUGGUUUGGAGCCUUGACAUGUUCAUGGCUGUGGUGCCAGUAACAGAUUAAAUGCAGAUUAUUCUCAUCCCAGUGCUCACGUCUGCUCACACUCCUUUACACAAGGACCAAAAACAGGAGGCUGAUCAUUACACUGAUGAUCUCUAUACCAUGACAAGUUUGUGCAUGUUUUGCACCAAUAUGAUGCUUGUACUUGAUAAUUUUUGUCCUUUAAAAGCCUUUAUAAAGUAUUUGUAGAUGAAUGUUUGUACAGUUAUUUAUACAGUAAAUUGUAUAAAUAAUCCCUAUACAUUAUUAGAAAACAUUAUGAGGGUAGCCAGCUGAUCAAAUGGUAUUUUCGUGUCCCCACAAACUUGACCAAUAUCUGCUAUCUUUUUACAAAUCCAUUUGUUUGUAAAAAUCGAGUUAGUUUCAUACUUUCGUAAAUGGCUUAUAAUGGAUAGUGAUUAUAAAGUGUUUAACCGAAGUAUGUUUUAUUAUUUCUUCGGUGGUUGGGAUUCCAACUCGCAAUGUAUUUUUUUUAAUACCCAAUCAGACCAUGUCUAAAGAUGGGACCCUUGGUUUUAGAUGUCUUUAGAAUUUUAGAAUGCACUUGGAAAAAAAAAACACCUAACCGUUGUGUGAAUGCUAUAAUGUAUGUAUUGAUAGGAAAUUAAUUUUAAUUCAUUUUAUGUACAUUAGUUUUAACCUGUUAGGUGUGGGAUUUUAAAGUGGUUUUAUGAAUUCAGUUAUAUUUUACCCUCCUUGCUAUUUACAAUUAGAAAAGGACCACAUUCUUAUAGAACACUAUUUUUAUAAUUUGGGUGCAAUGCUCACUAUAAAGCACAAUUUUGUGUGGAAAACUUUAAAGUAAGAUCUGUGUGGAUGAAUGUGAAUAUUCCCUCAACACUUUAGAUAAAUCUAGCCGUAGGAAAUAGUUUGACAGUCACUGCUUCAUAUUUGAAAAAGAUUUGUUUUACAAAGAGGAUUGUUACAAUAGGAGUCAUUGUGAUCAUGCUUCAAGGCUCAUAGCCCAUAAAGUACCAUGCCUACAUGUUCAAAAUAAUGUUGCCAAGUAGCAUCCCAAAAAUGUGAUAACACUAACAUAACUUCCUUUUCAGAAGCAAACUUUGCAUUCCUACAGAUGAUAUUCAACUUAAUUUGACUUUGCACAGAUUGGAUUGUUCAUCUAACACUAUUAAAUGAUGGCACAAAGAUCUUAGCUCUUCCAUCAUUUGUUCCUGUCCCUCUCACAGCAACCAAAUCACCAGUGGAAAUAUCCAUGUUUUGUGAUUCUGUUGUGUUCCCACUCAGCUUAACCUUUUGGGCUGGACCCACAGCAAGGUAAAGCCCUCUCACCCAAAUGGAGUAGACAAGCAGGUCAUGCAGAAUAGGAACAGUAGUGCAGGCCUCUGUGACGCAACUUCCUGUUUCAGCUGCACUCCAAGCGCUGUCCCAUCCAUACCGCUCUGGACCCCACAGAAAUACACUACUGAAAGAUACUGUCUAUGGACUUGUUUUGCAUGCAACCUCUGCUUUCUUGU